AUGAAAGUCCCGCUGCAUCAGAUCGUGGGACCCUGCGACGGCCUGGUCGCCGGGCCCCCGUGCCCCCCGUGGUCGCCCCAGGGGCCGCGCAAGGGCAGGGAGGAGCGCUCGGCCCCUAAUAUUUCGGUAAGCCUCCUGCCCCUCCCCAUCCUCCUCAUUAUCCUUUUCCUCCUCCACACCUUUCCUCCUCGGAGGGAGGAGGCAGGAGGGAGACAUCGUUGCGUGUGUUGGGCCCGUGGGACCACGCAUAUCACCUCCUCCUCCUCUUCCGCCUCCUCCUCCUCCUUCUCCUCCCCCUCCUCCUCCUCCUCCUCCUCCUCCUCCUCCUCCUCCUCCUCUUCCUGCAGCCCCUCCUCCUCCUCCUCCUCCUCCUCCUCCUCCUCCUCCUCCUCCUCCUCCUCCUCCUCUUACUCCUGUUCCUGCUCCUACUCCUCCUCCCACUCCUCUUCCUCUACCACGCGCCCCUCCUCUCUCCCCCCGGGGCUUUGGCCCGGGCGGGGGGGGGCCCAGUGCAGCUGUAGCCUCCGAGCCGUUUCCGAGGACCCGCGAUCGGACAUCUACUGCCGCGUCGUGUGCUGGGCUGUCGAACUAAUCAAAGACGGGCAUCUUCUCUUCGUCGUGCUGGAGAAUGUCAAAGGAAUCCUGGGCAAGGCGGGCGCAUCCGAAAGUUUCAUUGAGCAGAUCAUCAAUGUGUUGAAGGUGGAAGUGCGAGAGUUUUUCUGGGACUACGUCGUCCUCUCCGCCAAAGACUACGGGGUCAUGUCUGUCAUGGCGGCCGAGCGUGUGGGGCAGCGUUUGAAGCUCAGCUCGAAACCAACGCCGAAGCGCAAGAGGGGCGAGUCUGACUCCAAGAAGAAACCCAGGAUUACGCUUGACGAUUACUUCCGUGAUUGA